CUUAUCCUGAUCAGUUGGAAUGUAGAUGUCUCCUCCUCCUCCACUGAAUGGGCAAUAUUCUGCUACUUCCAGAUGUUUUGCUCCCUAGUGGCUAGAAACACGAACACCAUCAAGGUGAAAGUCUCUUCAUCGAGAAGACUCUGAUCCCGUACUCCCAGUCAACGGCAUCAGCCUCUCCCAUUGGCAUGGCUCUUACCCAAUUCCACUGUGUUCUCCUCUACAGAGAUAGAGUUGAAGCUAUCUGUGUUCUCAACCAAGAGAGAGUGUUUGAGGAUAUCUACAAUAUCCGUCGCGAUGGGGCGUUGCAUGCUCUCUGUAUGGAUCCACUGGAGUUGAAGAUGUACACAUACCAGAAACACAAAGUGUGGACCUACACUCCCUUCAAUGAGACACGUGAUAUCUGGAAAAUUUACCUGGAGCAGAAGAAUUAUGAGAUGGCUAAGAGAUAUGCCAUAGGCAACAGGGAACACAUGGAUAUUAUCCUUGUCAGCCAGGCAGAACAUUACUUUAAAGAUCAGAGGUACCAGGAUGCUGCUCUGACAUUCUCACAGAGUCAGCUCUCGUUUGAAGAGGUGGCACUCAAGUUCCUGCAGGUCAACCGAAAGGAUGCUCUAAAGAUUUUCCUGUUGAAAAAGCUGGAGUCACUAGCACCCUCAGACAGCACACAACAGACGAUGCUAACAACCUGGCUGGUAGAGUUAUUCCUCAAUGAUCUUGGAACCUUGAAGGAUGAGGGAGAUCGUGAAGGGCAUGCAAAGAUGACCCAGGAAUUCCAUUCAUUUCUUGAGACCAAAAGUCUCCGGGAGUGUCUUGAGGCCAAUGCAAAAACAGUUUAUGAUCUUCUGUCUAGUCAUGGAGCAGUAGAAGAUGUGGUGUUCUUUGCCAUGCUUAUGAAGGAUUAUGAGAGGGUGAUUACUCACCACAUUAGACAGGGCAAGUAUGUGGAAGCUCUGCGAGUUCUUCAUAGGAAAGGUUCUGAGGCGCUGGAAGCUCCAGAAAAGGUU